AGUGAGCGUCAACAGGGUCCUUUCACUCACCGUACGCCUGUCACGCCGUAGUUUCCAGUCUUCUAUAGGUCAAACUACAGCAGAAGCAGAAAUGAUCCGAUCAUUAAGUUUACUCAAAUACUCUCUGAAUGUCUCUCAGAGGGCUCAUGUCAGGCUGUUAUCAUCCAGCAGAGGGGUCGCGACUUUCACUGGAGCAGUUGACACUAAUGUCAGACAGCACCUUCCUCACACCAGAGCUGCCAGACUCUGGAGCUCCAGCUGUGCUGCUGGGGUCAGUGUGGCUCAUCGCAGAUACAGCACACAACAGGCUGAGAGCACAGAGGAGGAGACGCUCCACACAAUCAUCAGUGACACCGAGAACGUUCAAGGAUCCUACUCCAAACACGAGUUUCAAGCAGAGACGAAGAAACUGCUGGAUAUUGUGGCCAGAUCGCUGUAUUCUGAGAAAGAGGUGUUCAUCAGAGAGCUGAUCUCAAACGGCAGUGAUGCUCUGGAGAAACUGCGGCACAAGAUGAUCACAGCAGGAGGAGAAACGGCACCCAUGGAGAUCCACCUGCAGACAGAUGCAGCCACAGGCACCUUCACCAUCCAGGUACCUUCAGCCCAUACAACCCCUCCAUCACGGCUCUGUGAGGGGCUCGAGAACAGAAUCAAGAAACUGCGGGAUGUUUUACAGCAGCGGGUCAUUCGGUUCCUGUUGGACCAGAGCAAGAAGGAUCCGGAGAAAUACGCUCGCUUCUUUGAUGACUACGGGCUGUUUAUGCGCGAGGGCAUCGUCACCACAGCGGAGCAGAGCGUCAAGGAAGACAUCGCUAAGCUGUUGCGUUUCGAGUCGUCUGCGCUUCCUGCGGGACAGCAGACCAGCCUGAUGGAGUACGCCUCUCGGAUGAAGGCGGGAACGAGGAACAUUUACUAUCUGUGCGCGCCGAAUCGCCACCUGGCCGAGCACUCGCCGUACUUUGAGGCCAUGAAACAGAAAGAUAUGGAGGUGAGACUAGAGACAAUCAGGUACACAGUUAAUAUUCUCUGUCAUACUCGAGAGAAAAUGGGUGAUGAAUCUACAAGUUGA